AACCACUAACACGAAGGUAAACAAUGUGUUGCUGGGUAUAUAACCUUACUGUGUUGUGCCUUAGAGAUGGGUACUGUUGAUGAACUAAGCUAACGAUCUGCGUUAUUUUGCGCUUGUCUUCUGCUCCAGGACCUAACAUCUGUGUUGUUGGUUCGACCUGUGUGACGUCAUACGCGACAGACCACAACGUAACAGCAACAGGCGAGAUUACAUCUUUGCGGUUUCUCCUUUAAAAAACAUACUAGCGAGAAAGAAGCGUUAUUUAUCACAAAAUGGCAGCAACCUCGAGCUUCACCUUGACUUUGCUUGUGGGGUUCCUCUGUUGUUCUCUGAGCUUAAACACUGAGCAGGUGCCGUGUUACACCUCUGAGAAAUCCCCAUAUCGGUUAUACGGUUCCAAGACGGCGUACGAGGAGAUACCGGCGAAUUGGAAUGGAAGUGUAACAAGGAAUACCGACUCGGUGGAGCAAGGUUGCAAUCCAAUCAUGAUUUGGCAUCUGAAUCGCCAUGGAUACCGUUACCCUGGAGACGAUGACAUAGAGCUGUUCAACACCGUACUACCUGUAUUCAGAGACGGAAUUGUAAAUAAUGCUACAGUGGCCGGUCAGUUUUGUGCUGGAGAUCUCGCGGCACUACGAGACUGGACCCCAAGAAUGGUUCCCAGGGAUGAUUCCAAGCUUGUGGAAACUGGUCAUCGAGAGUUAAUGAGCAUUGCUGACCAUUUCCGGGGAAAAUAUCCCUCCUUACUGAAUGUAUCAGUGGACGCACUGUUGGCGAAUUUCACCUUCCGCCACACCGAUAAGGAGAGAACGAGAAUGAGCGCUAAGGCGUUUGUAAAGGGGCUACUUAAACAACCAGGAAUGUCUGAUGCCGAGCUAAAUGCACUGGUAGACCGAGUACCGAUGGUUGUCCGAGAAAUAGGAAAGGACUUACUUCUACGUUUCUACGAUGUUUGCGAAAAAUACAUUAAGACCGUAGAUGAGCAGCCAGUAGCAGAGCUAGAGAAGUUCUACAAAGCCUCGGUGAUGGCUAAAACGAGAGGGGACGUAUCAAUGAGGCUGGGACUGGAUCAAAGUUUGAAUGAAACGGUUGCCGAGGCUCUGUGGCUAGCAUGUGCCAGCGAGUACGCCAUAUAUGGGCUUACCCAAGACAAAACCGUCCGGAACUCAAGUGCUGCCCCCUGGUGCUCACUUUUUACACAGGAGGAGCUGAAAGCUUUUGAGUACGUUGCCGACUUGGAAUAUUAUUACAAGAACUCCUACGGGAAUGAAGUAAACUACGAGCAGACGUGUCCGUUAUUGAAGGAUUUAAUUGGAGCGAUCAGGAACGCAACGACCGGGUCUAACUUUCUUCAUGGGCUGUUUAGAUUUGCUCAUUCAGCCACAAUUGUGCCGUUCUACUCUGCUCUUGGACUGUUCAAGGAUGCCCAGGCCCCGACCUCCGAUAACUAUGACUCUCGAGCAGACAGAAAACUUCGAACCAGCUACAUUGAUUCCAUGGCCUCAAAUAUCAACUUCGUAAUCUACAAAUGUGAAGACACACACAAAUUCAAAAUCCAUGUGAACGAGCGCGAAACUCUGUUACCCGGAUGUAGUGACAUAUUGUGCGACGUCAGUAUACUGAUGGAUAGCGUGGGAAAAGUCGCAGACGCGUGCGAUUUUGAAAAGAUCUGUAAAUGGCCUGUUAACCCGCCGAUAGGGAGAGCCACAAGAGAUGCGGUUGCCACGACAACUUUGAUGCUGACAUUCCUUGUGCUUCUUUUAUCUAGGCAGUUAUAAUAGUAAAAGUUAGUAGUUUUGUUAUCUAAGGUUAAUGUGUUCGUUUAGAAAAGUAAUAGACUUUAUGUAUGUUGCAAGGUUUUGUAUUUAGAAGUUCUUUUAAAGGUACCCGUUUUAAAAUUUCACGAAGUCAUAUUUAUGCAUGUAUAUAUCCUGAAAAGUUUCUUAUCCUUUCCUAUUUUACCUUAAAUACGAUAAAACCCUUCCAAUAAAAGAAUCCGAUUUCUAAGGUAUAAUUUGUUUAGACGAAUGUUGGAAACAAGCAAUAGCAACGUCGGUGCAGAUAGUACACACACUAUGCAAGUAUUUGUGUAUUCGUGGUACUCUAUUUGGUUUCUCUCUUUAUACACACAGUGGACAAUAGAAGUGUCACCC